CAAGAUAAUGGUUGGUGAUACGUACUUGAGAGUUAUACGCUCAGCUAGCGAAUUGUAUUCUGCCGACCCGCGAUCUGGACGGGUGGCAUGACGAAAGUUGUCUGACUGGGUUCGGACUUAGCAAUUCGGUUCGCGUUUAUAACUUCGCAUUUUGCGUCUAUUGUUCAUUGCGCUUGGUUCUUAGUGAUUUGAAAGUGAUUUGAGUGCCCAUCUAAUGGCUUCGGCCUAAUGUUUUAAGCAAAUCAUUUAAAAGUUCUGUUCAAUAAGUCACAAAUUAGAAAGGAGGAUGGAAGCCAGCAACGAAUUGUUAGUGUCCUUCCCCGAAGCAGGAGUGCAGGCACCCCUAUCCCAUCGCCUUAAGAAACUAUGCCAGAUGUCAUUGGGGCCCGCGAUUUUCCUUUUGUUUUUCGCCAUCAGUUUUUCAUCUGUCGUGGGUCAGAAUUGGAUUAUCAAACUAACGUGCACAACAAUAUUUGGAUACAAUGAGACAAUCUGCAAUCAGUUGGGGACCGCCAAUGCAACGGAAGAAAUACAUGAAAUCGAAAGGACUGUUCAACCUUAUGUAACUCAAAUUUUAAUGACCGUUUCGCUUGCCGGUGGUAUCGGUCCUUCACUGACCGGUAUAUUUUUUGGAGCCUGGUCGGAUAAAUUUGGGAGAAGGCCGCUUUUGUUAACAGCCUUUGGAGGAUUUUUCGUGUCAUCCGUUAUGAGCACUUUCAUCAGUUAUCUUUCGACCGUAUGCUUAGUCAGUCCAUGGGUUGUUGUUUUGACCACAAUACCAACAAGUCUGGUAGGGGGCUUUUGCAGCAUUCUCGGAGGAACUUUUUGUUAUAUUGCGGACACUGCAACAGAGAAACAACGUCCCUUUCAAUUAGCGAUUGUAGGUGCGUUCAUAUCAUUAGGAAUGUUUCUUGGAUCCUUGACAUCUGCAUACGCUAUUGAUGUUCUGAGCAUGACUGCGAUAUUUGGCAUUCACUCAGCAUUGAUGUUCACUGCCUUGUUGUAUAUUACAUUAUUUGUUGCAGAAAGCCUAGAUAGCGAAAGAUUACAGACUACGUCAAAACUAAGAGGACUUUUCAAAUGGAGUCUAGUUAAAGAUAUGUCGAACACACUUCUACAACGACGUCCAGGCUAUGACAGAAUGAUCGUUUGGAUAUGUAUAGCUGUCCUAUGUGUCUGCAUUUUUGCCGUCGAAGGACCAUCUACAAUAUUCUUCCUGUACGUAAGAGAACAAUUCCACUGGACCGCUUCUGAUUACGCGACAUAUAAUGCGAUAAGCACGCUAGUUGGAGCACUUGGCUCUACAUUGGCUAUCAUCAUUUUGCAGAAGUGCUUGAAAUUUUCACCAGUCUCCAUAAUUUUAAUUGGACUUGGAACUAAUCUGUUAAAUCACGUAGUGAAGACCUUUGCCACAGAAUCAUGGCAUCUUUACUUGGCUAUCACGAUUUCUGCAGCGAGCGGUGCUGCAUUUCCAACAUGUCGAUCACUAAUUGCAACAGUUGUACCAUCAGAAGAAAUUGGCAAAGUCUAUUCAGUAUCGACUGCUUUGGAAUUCAUAGCUCCUAUAGGAUCAGCACCGUUGUACACUUAUGUAUACAACGCUACUUUAGAUACGUUUGCCGGGGCCUUCAAUGGAAUCACUGUUUUCCUGUAUUUGAUUUCCUACAUCUUGUUCGCAAUUCUUUUUGGAUUAGAAACGUAUGAUCCCAGUAUUAUAAAUCGGCCUGCAAUGCACUAAUACGAAAUCCAUGUGUAAUUUUAAAUCUUCAAGAAGGUUGAGCCUUACCGUUUUGGUGCUAUGUGAUUUUUUUUGUACAGUCAAACUGUUAUUAGAUAUGAAAAUAUAAAGUAAAUAUUUACAAUUUUUAA